AUGAAUUACCUCUUCUCACAAGCUACCAUGACUGAUUCAGAUGAGGAAUUCGCAAAAUUGAUGAAGUCUUUCGAGCAGGUGAAAGACCACAACUUGGUUGGAGAGAUUUGUUUCUCCGGUGCUGUAACAUUCGAGAACUACCAGAGAAUAACCAACUUGCUAAUGUAUGCAAAGAAGAGAGCCAUCACCGAUUCCGAUACCAUCGAUCGAUUGUCCCAAGCAUCAUACGUGUUGGCAACGUACCGUUUGAUGAAUGGACCUGAAAAUGCGAAAUUCGGCUCGGAUUCACUAUGGCAGAACUUUGUUGCUGGAAUACUGGGAGAAGGAGAAUGGCACGAGUUGUUCAUUCAUACGAUUGAGAAUGGGUAUAUUAAGGUGCGCAACAUCUUCUCAUAG